UAUAAAUAACGUGACGCAGGUACUUCUGUAUGCACAGCUGUUAAAGUGGACGAUCGGCGCUUAUCAGCAAGAGAACUAUAGAGGAAUCAUGCCUUCAGUUCCAUCCAACAAAGAGAACGACAGCCCUGCCUGCCCUUUUGAUGACAAGAAGACCGCUGGCAGGAAUGGUGUUGAGAAGUUGGUUUCAGAUAAUGUAGACAGACCCCUGCAGCUGAAUAGAGAAACUGGGGCCACUGACCCAAAAUGGAUUCGUCCUGACCUGCCAAGCAGAUGUACCUGGAAACCAGGAAUGUCUCUUGAAAAUUCCCCUCACAAACCCUUCCCCAGCCAUUGCAGGACAAAAGCUGAGAAGAUUUUGCCCAACAUCCUGGACAGGAUUGGAGACACACCACUGGUCCGCAUAAACAAGAUCUCGAAGACUUUUGGACUAAAGUGUGAACUUUUGGUCAAGUGUGAGUUCUUUAAUGCUGGUGGUAGUGUGAAGGACCGUAUCAGUCUGCGUAUGGUGGAGGACGCAGAAAGGGAAGGCAUCCUCAAACCUGGAGACACCAUUAUAGAGCCCACCUCUGGAAAUACAGGUAUUGGUCUUGCAUUGGCUGCAGCAGUGAAGGGUUAUCGCUGCAUAAUUGUUAUGCCUGAGAAAAUGAGCAUGGAAAAGGUUGAUGUCUUGAGAGCUUUGGGUGCUGAGAUUGUCCGAACUCCCACCAGUGCACGGUUUGACUCCCCUGAGUCCCAUGUGGGUGUGGCUUGGCGCUUGAAGAAUGAGAUUCCUAACUCGCACAUCCUGGACCAGUACCGCAAUCCCAGCAACCCCCUGGCUCAUUAUGACACCACUGCUGAGGAGAUUCUGGAGCAGUGUGAUGGUAAAGUGGAUAUGCUGGUGGCAGGAGCUGGCACAGGUGGCACUAUUACCGGCGUUGCUCGCAAACUUAAGGAGAAAUGCCCAAAUAUUAAGAUUGUUGCGGUGGACCCAGAGGGCUCGAUCCUCGCUGAGCCUGAUGAGCUGAACCGGACUGAUAAAACCCAGUAUGAGGUGGAGGGCAUCGGAUAUGACUUUAUACCCACCGUCCUGGAUAGAUCUUUGGUUGACAGCUGGUACAAAUCCAACGAUGAGGAAUCUUUUGCCAUUGCCCGAAUGCUUAUAAGAGAUGAAGGGCUGUUGUGUGGUGGGAGCUCGGGCACUGCCAUGGCGGCUGCAGUAAAGUUUGCUAAAGAGCUGAAGGAGGGACAGCGCUGUGUCGUGAUUCUGCCAGACUCUAUUCGCAACUACAUGUCCAAGUUCUUGAGUGAUAAGUGGAUGUUCCAGAAGGGCUUUCUGAGGGUGGAAGAUAUCAUGGUGAAUAAACCCUGGUGGUGGAAUCUGAAAUUACAGAGUCUAAACCUUUCUGCUCCACUAACUGUGCUGCCCACAGUCACAUGCCAAAAAACCAUCAAAAUCUUGAAAGAAAAGGGCUUUGACCAGGCACCUGUCGUAGAUGAAGCUGGGUUGAUUCUGGGAAUGGUGACCCUGGGAAACAUGCUUGCCUCUGUACUUGCAGGAAAGGUCAAGCCCUCUGACCCUGUCAUCAAAGUGCUCUAUAAACAGUUCAAGCGGAUUCGUCUGACUGACAAUCUGGGAAAGCUGUCUCGGAUCUUGGAAACAGAUCAUUUUGCCCUGGUGGUCCAUGAGCAGAUACAGUAUCUGACAGAUGGAUCUUCCACUCAAAAGCAAAUGGUGUUUGGAGUGGUGACAGCCAUUGAUCUCCUCAACUUUGUGACGGCUCGAGAGAAAAGAGAGAGAUCUGUGUCAGAAUCAACAGAUGAAUACUGAAGGCAUUAGAGCACUUCCUGUCCUAAUCUGAAUGUGAUGCACUACAAAGAAUCAUAAUGUUAAAGCUAUAGAUGUCAUUAUAGUUAUUGCACCUAAAUUUGGGCAGUAGGAUUGGGUGGCAUUGCUUCUUAAUAUUAUAUUUCUUGCUUAUCUUUUUUAUAGCCAAUAAUUAUGUAAACGUUUACAAAUGUUGUUAACAAUUAUUAACAAAUCUUAAAGGGAUAGUUCACCCCAAAAUGAAAAUUCUGUCAUCAUUUACU